AAUGAACCCUUCCUUCCCCUUCUCUCGCUCGCUCAUAUCGCUUUUCCACUCGAUUCCUCCUCCAAUCCCAUCCCUUUUCGGCCAAGAAGUUUGCCAGAAAUCAAUACAACCAGCUGAAUCGCUUUUGUAACGGAUAAACGAGGAAAGAUUGUGGUGGCUUGAUCGGAAAUUCCAGCCGAUACAAAUUUAUUGUGUGUGUAGAGAGUGAGAUUCGAUAUCUCUCUGUGUGUGUGAGUGAGAAGAGGUUUCGAAGUAACUGGAGGAUGGGAGGGGAAAUAGUAGCGUGCAGGAAAGAGGAGGAAAGGGAAGAAGUGGAGAAAGAGAAAAUGGUGGCGGCGCAGAGGAAGUGCGCGCCGGCGGCGCUAGGUGGAGGGUUUCCUUCGGCGGUGAAGACCGUCGUGGUCGGAUAUGCUCUCACUUCUAAGAAAAUUAAGAGUUUUCUUCAGCCUCAGUUUGAACGAUUUGCAAGGAAUCAGGGGAUUGUUUUUGUAGUUAUUGACCCGAGUAGAUCCCUAUCUGAUCAAGGUCCUUUCGACAUUGUUUUGCACAAGUUAUCUGGAAAAGAAUGGCGACGAAUGCUUGAGGAUUACUGGAGCACACACCCAGAGGUCACAGUCCUUGAUCCACCCAACGCCGUACAGCAACUGCACAACCGUCAGUCUAUGCUUCAAGAUGUUGCUAACCUGAAUCUGCCAAGCUCCUUGGGAAAAGUCGGUGUCCCAAAGCAAUUGGUUAUCAAGAAAGACGCAUCAUCUAUCCCCGGUGCAGUGAACAAGGCUAGGCUGAGGCUACCAAUUGUGGCAAAGCCUUUGGUUGCAAAUUCGCACGAGCUAUCAUUGGCAUACGACGAAUUCUCCCUCCGAAUGUUGGAACCGCCACUCGUUCUGCAGGAAUUCAUUAAUCACGGAGGUCUGCUCUUCAAAGUAUACGUAGUCGGCGAAGCAAUAAAGGUCGUCAGGCGUUUCUCCUUGCCUGACAUCGGCAAACACGAAUUGUCGAAGAACGCUGGUGUUUAUAGCUUUCCGAGAGUAUCUUGCGCUGCUGCUUCUGCCGAUGAAGCAGACCUGAAUCCUCGUAUUGCUGAGCUUCCUCCACAACCGUUGCUCGAGAGACUGGCUCGGGAACUGAGGCUAAGGCUGGGCCUUCAGCUGUUCAACAUGGAUAUAAUUCGAGAACUCGGGACACCAGAUCACUAUUACGUCAUAGAUAUCAAUUAUUUUCCAGGGUAUGGAAAAAUGCCCGAGCAUAUAUUCACAGAUUUCCUUCUGAAUCUGGCGAAACACAAAUAAAUAUGAUCGAUCGGGUAAUUCCAAGAAGAUCGCAGCUUGCCUGUGCUGAUUUGAUCGUAUCUGAUCAUGUAAUGCGCGUUCUUGCUGCGGCAAUUCGUCGUCGUCGUCUAUGGCUGGAUUCAUUCGAGACAAAUAUUCUUCCUCGUGGCGACGCUCGGUUACGACGUUGAUUCAGGAAUGGUUUACAGGUACAUUUAGUUCUUAUACUUGUGCUCUUGUCGUUUAGUUAGUUGAUUGUGACAUAAAAUAAAAAUAGUUGAAUGUUACAUAAAAAAAAUAAAAUAAUAGAACAUAGUAUCGAUCGACAUAGUAAACGAGUUCAAUAAAGAAUUUAGACUAGCAUAUAUGAUCAAUUUUUUUAUAAUUUGUAUUGUGAAUUUUCAAUGCACUUAAUUUUCUUCAUUCAA